UCCAAAGAUGGCCGACAGUGGACUGACUUGCUAUAAAGACUUUGGUUUAAAUACGACUACACGGUCGCCUACAACGUUUUCUUUCAAACCUCUUCUGCCGUUAAACUUUGUUGUUUUUUAAUCACCUUCGCUGACUAGGCUAACUCACUGACUAGGUUCUCAUAAUAAUUACUUCUUAGUAGGUAAAUUGUUUUGUAAAAACAAUGAGCCGUCUUAUUAAAGUUCAGGAGAUCAAAACCUCUGAUUCAGGCCAACAUGAGGAGGAAAAGCCUCAACAGAGAGCACAGAUUGUUCGAAAUAAAGUCAGCACGUUUAAUGAGCAACUGCAAGAGGAGCCUAAAAGCAAUCCAAAGUUUUGCAUCAAGGAUGUGAUUGAUCCGGAACGAUACAGACGUCUCAGGAAGGAAGAUAAUCACUUGGUGAGGUUUGAAAUAAAUCCACAGAGACCAGACAACAUUACCACAGAACAACGCAGACUAAACCGUGUGCUGAACCGCCAUGCCAAAUUUCCUCCCUUUAAUAUGUUUGCACACUGGAUCUUAGAGAGUGAUCUGUUUCAAAAUAUGAUUGUUUUUCUCAUCAUCUUGAAUGUUGUUGUACUGGGGAUAGAAGCAGAGUUUCAAGACAAUUUGGACCCAAGCUUAGAAACUCUUCAUACGGUUCUUCAAGCAAUGAACUGGGGUAUACUGGAAGUUUUCUUUUUGGAAAUCCUAUUAAAAUGGCUGGAUGAUUUCUGGCUGUUUUGGGAAAGUAAAUGGAACAUCUUUGACUUUGCUGUAACUGUACUGCCUGUUCUCCCUGAGAUUCUCCCAGAGACCUCCGAAGAUGCAGUCAUAUCUCAAAAUUUGUUAAAACUACUGAUUCAGUUUCGUGUCCUCCGUUGUUUGAAGAUCAUUUUCAAAUUCCGAGAGAUGCGUCUUAUUUUGCUGGCGAUCUUCAGUGCAUGUAAGGCCACAAUAUGCGUAAUUCCGCACCUGUUGAUAAUCUUUUACAUUUUUGCUGUGUUUGGAGUCCACUUGUUCAGAGAUUACACCACAUCCACCAUUCAAGGUCUUCUCUACAAAGAUGAUUUCAUAGAUCUCCCAAGUUCCUUUAUCACACUCUUCAGCAUUUUUACCAUGGAUCACUGGCAUAAAUUACUGGAAGACACUCGCAGAGUUCCAGAGCUGAACCAUCCAGUCUGUGAAUUUUUUAUUAUUUUCUGGCUUCUGUUAGCAGCCAUCAUGUCCAGCAAUACUUUUGUGGGUAUUGUGGUGAAUUCCUUCCAGGUUAUGCGAAAUAACCUCUCCCAAGAGUUGCAUCAAUUGGAAAUCCAGCGCAAGGCAGAAUUUUUCAAAACAUAUGCUAUGAGCAGGAAAAUGAGCCAAUCAAAGGUGUUAAAGGAUCCUCAACAUGACAAAGAUAUUGAAGGACCCUCAACUGUCCAUGAGCCUGAAACAAUUAGCUCAGAUUGCAUGCAAAAUGUGAAUGAGGAGCUACAUUGGGAUCAGGGUGUGGAUGAGUUUAUUCUGGCGAUUGAGCACUUGGAGGACUAUGAAACAGUGUACUGGCCUGAAGAAUGUCGCUUCAAAUGCUUGGAGCUGCAAGAAAAGCUCCAGCUCAAACUAGAGGAAAGGCUCCAGCUCCAAAAUAGAGCAGUUCAGGCUUUACUUAACCUGCAUGACUACUGAGAAAGGAGGAAAACUAGGAAGAAAAUGGCAACCACAACCAGUUUUGAGGAAAUAAAUCUGCAAACCUGUUCUAAGAAGUUUGUUCCCCAUCAUUAACACUAGAGGGGGCACUUAAACAGUGAAAGAUGUGCUUUCUUUUUGCACACCACUCAUCACUCCCAUUAGCACUGAAAAAGUUGUGUAUAGUUUAGAACUGUCUACAAUUCUCUUGAUUAUCCGCAAGUAAAAUGUUGAUGAGCCUCUCUGCUUCUGAGAAAAUUUUCACUUUAAACUGAAAGAGAGACAUCAAUAUGAGAUCUUGUUAUGAGAGCUCCUUGUAGGCAAUUGACAAUUUUCCUUCCCUAGUUCAAAUGUUUUACUGGUAGGUAAAACUGAAUAUCAUUUAAGCACAGCUUUACUUUUGUUUACUCUCUAUACUUACUCAAUAACAGUGGUAAAUCCUAAUAAAGGAGUUUGUUAAUUAAACAAGUUUAAUAAAGUACAGUUCAUUAUUGUACACUUGUCUAAAUUCAGUAAGCUGCCCAGUAAGUAUCCAUCCACCCAUCCAUCCUCAGAUACUGCCCAAUUAGACAAACUAAUUUGAGCAUUAUACUCUCAAAUGUCACCUUGGACAAGACUCAUGCUGAAUCCUCUGAGAACGGUGUGACAUUAAUACUUACGUAUGAUGAACUUGUGCUAAUUAACCUGUACAACACCAGUCUAAACAUGAAUUAU